AAAAAGAACCAGGAAAAUAAAGCAAGCGUCAUUGCUGGCUAUCCCGCGCAACGUUCUAACAAAAUUCCUCUUCUCAGUUUCCAAUCUCUCGAGUCUCCACAUCAAAUUCCCCCAAUUCUCGCUCUUGAUUGUUCGCUUCGUCUCCAAAUCCGGGUCUCUACAGAGUCUAACUCUGACCCGACCCAAUCACUAAUGGGGGAACCAAAGGUCACAACCGACGGUGGUUCAACUUCCGGCGAAUCGUCGAGGACCUCGUCGAAGCUCUUGACUGCCGGUGAUCGGAAAUUACUUAAGGUUGAACUGCAGCAAGGGGAGACGACGUACGUUUCGUGGAAGAAGCUUAUGAAGGAGGCUAGCAAAGGCAAUGGUCUGUCGGUUUCGGCGCCCGACCCACCUCCUAACGCUAACCCUAAUCUCGAGUCUCGCAUUGCACCGGGGCCACCAGCAGAAGGUGAAAAGGUUGACCAACCUCAUUCUAACCGUUUUAACGCUGUUAUAGAGAAGAUUGAGAGGCUCUACAUGGGGAAAGAUAGUAGUGAUGGGGAAGAGUUAGAUGGUGCCCCCCCCGACGAUGACCAGUAUGACACCGAAGAUUCAUUUAUCGAUGACGUUGAAUUGGAUGAGUAUUUUGAAGUUGAUGAUUCGGCAAUUAAACAUGAUGGAUUUUUUGUCAAUAGAGGAAAGUUAGAACGGAUUGAACCGACAACAACAACAACAUCGAACCAGCAACCAAAGAAAAGGCAAAGGAAAGAGUCAGCAAAACCUUGCGGCGAUGUUGUUGAUGUGUCCAGAAAACAAGCCAAGAUGGCUAAGACGGCUGGGGGAAAGGAUCAAUUAGCUGCUUCGGGGCCCUCUUCGAAGAAAAAGUCGAAUGAUUCAAAGGCAGAGCAGGAUUCGGUUUCUCCUUUGAAACCGCAAAGUGGCAAUGACUGCUUAUUAUUGGAAAAUGUGAAGCAUACUGAUAGAGCGAAUCAUCAGCCAAGGAAUGCCUCAAGUCCGAAGUCAAAGGCAGCUGGAUCUUCUGGCGCCCUUCUUCUGAAGUGCAGCAAAAAAAGUGCUCAUCAGCAAUCUAAUUCCCUGCCUGUAAAAUCUCGGCCAAAUGUUUUGGCAAAAUCAACAGUAGUCCGUCAAAAAGAAACCAAUGGCAUGCAUGAGCUGGACAAUGCAACAAAAAAAAGUGGUUCUAGUGUCAGGCCUAAAACCUCGACACUUGAGAAAGCCAUCAGGGAAUUGGAGAAGGUGGUCGCUGAAUCGAGGCCUCCUGCUGCCACUGAGAAUCAAGAUGCCGAUACCUCAUCCCAAGCAGUGAAGAGGAGAUUGCCAAGAGAUGUAAAAUUGAAGCUUGCUAAAGUUGCUAGGAUUGCGGCGAGCCAAGGGAAUGUAUCGGGAGAGUUAAUCAAUCGUCUCAUGAGCAUUGUCGGCCAUCUCAUACAGGUCAGAUCGCUGAAGAGGAACUUGAAAAUCAUGAUUGAUUCCGGCGACACUGCAAAUCGAGAAAAAGAUACUAGAUUUCAACGGAUCAAGAAUGAAGUCAUUGAGAUGUUAAAAACACAAGUUCCGUUGAUGGAAUCUCAGGCAACCAAUCAAGAAGCUGGAACAUCAGACGAUUUUCAGGAUGUUGGCUCUGUUGAAAAGCCACCUAUGAAGAAGAAGUUUGUCAUGGAUGCGGCGCUGGAGGACAAAUUGUGUGAUCUAUAUGACAUCUUUGUCGAUGGAUUGGAUGAAGAUUCGGGUCCACAGAUCAGAAAGCUUUAUGCAAAUCUAGCUGAACUCUGGCCAAAUAGGCUAAUGGACAAUCAUGAGAUCAAACGUGCCAUUUGUCGGGCAAAGGAAAGGCGGAGAGCAUUGUAUGGAAACCUUGGGAAGGAGAUGGAUCAAGGAAAGAUGACGAAGAGGAAACAGACACAAUUGGUACCAAAAGUUGAGGCGGCUGCUUACCCCGACAAGGCUUCAGCUGUUGGAGAUAAAACGAAUGUUGUCCCAAGCUCAACCACCACGUCCUUAGGCCAAGGUCAACCUAGCGCGGACAGGUCAAAGCAACAACAUGAGAAACUAAAGGGGACCACAAGCGCUAGCAACUCUUCAGCAGAAGCAAAGACAGUCAGAAGAAAGACAGAACCGGGUGUAGAAGAAUCUCACCUUUCCACAGAGAAAGGUCUUGUCCUGGCUCUGAGGCAGCAGACGCAGGCUCCUCCGGACCUGAACCUGCCAAAAAACGAAGUCCUCUCUCCUCUGUACAAAUUAAAGAUUUCAAAGAAGAGUUCGGUUCGAGUACCCGCCGAUUCCAGGAUUCUAGUUUUUUCCCGAGAACCCCGUGAAUCUCUUACAGAAUCCGAGAGGCAGGGAGAAAAGUGCGCGUUUAGGUUUCCGGCGGCGAUGAAGACGACGCAACUGUUCAAAGGGGCAAACGUGUUCAUGUCUCGGAGUCUGGUGCCCCCUGAAGUCUUCGACACUCUUCUAGAUGCCUGCACGCUUAACGGUGCCGAAAUCUUCCUCUGCUGCGACCCCUCCCGGAGCGGUCCCUGCGAUUUUCACGUCAUCGCUUCUCCCGACCACGAGAAAUUCGAGGAUCUUAAAGCCAAGGGAUGUAACUUGAUAGGUCCACAAUGUGUGCUCUCCUGUGCAAAAGAGGGCAGACCGCUGCCUCAAGGGGGAUUCAAUUGUUGCCUAGCGAUGGAUGGUCUUAAAGUUCUUGCUUCUGGUUUUAAGAUUGAUGAGAAGGUCAAGAUCGAGGAGUUGGUUACUUCCAUGGGGGGAGUUUUUGUUUCCAGGGGUUCUUCAGAUGUCAACUUCGUCAUUGUGAAGAAUGUCUUGGCUUCCAAGUACAAGUGGGCCCUGGAUACCCAUAAGAAGCCGGUUGUUGCACUGAAUUGGUUACAACAGUGCUGGAUUGAGCACCGUGUGGUCCCCCAGGAACCCUAUAAAAUUCCUCCUUUUUCCGGAUUGACAAUCUGUGUCACAAAAAUUCCAGCAGACGAGCGUAAGGAAAUGGAGAAGCGUAUUUCAGAAUAUGGAGGGAGGUACUCUGCGGAGCUAACAAAGAGGUGUGACAAAUACAAAGUUGCUCGUAAAUGGGGUCACAUUCAAAUUGUUACACGGAAAUGGUUUCAGCAGUCCAUUGCUAGAAAAGUUUGUCUCAGUGAAGAGGCAUAUCCUGUUCAGGAUUCCAUACCUUUGAGUAGAGGGGUGAGAAAUUUGGGGAGCAAUUAUGGUCAAGAAAAGUUUCCUGGAUGUCCAAUAUCACUGUCGUCUUCGGCUGCUACUGCUGCGGCAGACUCAUAUGCUUCUUAUCCUCAGUCUAGAGACUCAGAUAUAGAAGCUUCUGCCUCACAAAAACUUUUUUCCACAUCGAUGAAUCCCAGUAUCGAUGUCAAAAAACCAAGUAAAGGCCCAACUACAGAGCCGCAAGAGCAAAAUAUUGAUGACUGUACUGCCAGGGAUUCAGAAUCUGAAGACAAUGACCUGUAUUUAUCAGAUUGUAGAAUAUUCCUGCUUGGUUUUGAAGCUUCUGAAAUGCGUAGACUUGUUAAGUUGGUCCGUGGAGGUGGUGGAUCACGGUAUAUGACGCUUAGCGAAAGAAUGACACAUAUUGUUGUUGGAACUCCUUCAGAGAGUGAGAAAAGGGAGGCGAGGGCUGUUGCAGCUUCUGGUGUCGUUCAAGUAGUUACACCCAGGUGGCUUGAAGAUUGUGAUCGUCAGAAAAAAGAAAUUCCCAUUCAUAAAGUAUACACUGCUCACAACCUGAUUCUUCCGAGAGAUGCUGCAUGCUUGACCAAGGGAUCUCUUGCAGGGAUGGAACAGGGUAAAAAUACUAUCCCUCAGACCAUGACGUAUGAUUCCUCUUCGAGGAGUGUCAAUGUCCCAAAUGAGGCCGCAACUUUGCUGGGAAAGAAUAAAGAAGCAAUGCUGAAAUUAAGCAGGAAAGAUGAGAUUCACGUGGAAAGAAAAAUAGAGUCACUCAAGCAAAAAGAAACAAUGAAUUCCCUUGUAACUAAUAACUGCAAAAAACAACAGAAAAUUCAAUGUGAAUUCAAUGGUCAGAACAAGCAAGAAAGAAAGUCAUCGGUAUUUAAGGGGAAGACAUUUUGUUUCUCACAUUCUUUUCCUGAAGAUAGGCGACCUGAGAUCGUGGAAUGGGUGAAUCAAGGAGAAGGAGAGGUGGUCAAUGAUCCUUUUAUACAUAACACACAUUUUACUAUUGAAUGCCAUGGUGUGUUCCGGAGUACUGGGACUUCUCAAACUAUCUAUGUUUCGAGUCACUGGGUUCGAUCUUGUUUAGAGGAUGGUUGUUUACUUGACGUUAGUAGUCAUAUCCUCUAUUCGCCUCUUCCCUGCCAGACUCCUUUGCCUGGAUUCGAAAGCCUUCGCUUUUGUGCUUCCCAAUAUGAAGAGAAGGAAAAAGUACUCCUGAGAAAUCUGUGCUUUGUUCUUGGAGCAAAAUUUGGGAAAAACCUAAGCAGGAAAAUGACCCACUUGCUAUGUAUCUUUGCUACCGGAGAUAAGUAUGAGGCAGCUUCCAGGUGGGGAAUAGUUUCCGUGACAUCUGACUGGAUUUAUGAGUGUGUUAGACAGAAUCGAGUUGUUUGUCCUGAUAACUUUCAUCCAAAGGAAUUGACGACUCAAGACCAAGAUGCAGGGCUUGGCUUGGCAAGUCAGUUUCAUACACAAUUUGCGUCAAUGGCCUCAAGGGACAAUGGGUCUCUGCUUGGUAGCCACUCCGAAGACAGGGAAAAAACUCAAAGUUUUGCUGGCAAAUACGGCUGCGGUAAAGGUGAGGUAAACAACAGACUUGAAGAUAUUGGACGGGAACAGAGUUUUCCGUCUAAGAAGGCAAAACUUUUGGGAGAUGGUCAAGAAAGUGAUGUGUUUCCUGUGGGAGAACAUCCAAGCCAUUGUGCUCGCCCUUUGAAGCCUAUAGAUAGCAUUGUGUCAGGGAGUGCCGUGGCAAGUGGUCGUGAAGUUCCAGAUGUGGCUGAUACUAUUGAGGAUUUGUUGAAGCAGUCAAGUAAAAUUCAAGAAAAGAAUUCUCCUGGAAGGAUUUCAGAAAAAACUCUUUUUUCAACUAGUGAACCAUACAACAGCGGGAAUCAUUCCGUCACUGGCCUGUCUAGACACUGGAUAAACAGGGUCCUGAAGAAUGACGACGCAUGCAAUCCUCCAGGAGAUGUUACUACGGGCACUUACGGAAACUUUAGUGAGACGCAGACAGAAUCGCAGGUUGUUGGUUACGAGGAAGAUCUUUCAGGAAGGCAGAUGCUUAUAGACAGAGUUAGAACACGAAGCAGCUUAACAUGAAGAAAGGAAUUGUCUACAAAGAUGGGAAUAUUUGGCAUGGUGAACGAUUUUGACAUUUGGGAGCUUUUGUGGUUAACAAGUAAAAAUAUCGAUUUCGUAAUAGGGUUGUUUGUUUAGUAGUUUGUUUUACCCUUGUAUUUCAAAAGUAGACUAAUAUAUAUUCAUUCAAAAGUGAUACACCAAAUAGGCAAAUACUAUGGAGCGACGUCUAGUAAAAGCAAAUGAUUAUUUUCUUUCUAUGAUAUGAUUAUAGCCAUUCAUAUUCCAAAA